AUGGCCGCCGUCACUCUUUCUACUAGGGCCGCGCUGGUCAGGACCACCGGCCACGGCUUCAACUCCGUCCGGACCUUUGCCACCAUCCAGGCCAAGCCUCACCACAAGAUUGUUGUCAUCGGCGCCGGCACCGCCGGCGUCACCGUUGCCGCGCAGCUCGCGAGGAACGCUCAGCUCGGUAAGCCCGACAUCGCCAUCAUUGACCCGGCCACCACCCACCACUAUCAACCUGGAUGGACUCUUGUAGGCACUGGGCUCAAGCCUCUGAGCGACAUGAGCAAGCCACUCUCGGCCGUCGUGCCGCCCCAAGUCAAGCACUAUCCCCUCAACGUAGCCACCUUUGACCCCGAGAACAACGUGGUCAAGACGGCCGAGGGCGUCGAGGUGUCGUACGACUAUCUCGUCGUCGCUCCCGGCCUCGAGACCAACUUUGCCGCCGUCUCGGGUCUCCCCGAGGCGCUCAAGGACCCCCACAGCGCCGUGUCCUCCAUUUACUCUGCCGACACCGUGGAGAAAGUGUGGAAGAACAUCCAGGCUCUCAAGGGCGGCAAGGCCAUCUUUACCCAGCCUGCUGGCAUCAUCAAGUGCGCUGACGCUGCCUUUGCUACCGGUGCUGGAGCCAUGUUCGCCGUGCCCAAGUAUGCUGCCGCCCUCGAGGAACUCCGCCAGGAGCGCAACGUCGAAGGCCUCUUCCAGCACAACCUCGUAGCGGUUGAUCCCAAGCUCAAGGUCGCCACUUUCAAGAACUUUGCCGACGGUGGCAAGGAGCCCUGGGACUUUGUCGCCAAGUCCGCUCUCGCCGACGAAGGUGGUUGGGUCAACGUCGACAAGGCCUCCACGCAGCACGUCAAGUACCCCAACGUAUUCUCCAUCGGCGAUGCGUCCAGCCUGCCCAACAGCAAGACCGCUGCCGCCAUCACCUCCCAGGCCCCCGUGCUCGUCCACAACCUCGUCUCCGCCAUCGGCGGCAAGCAGGGCAAGGCCGAGUACGACGGCUACGCCAGCUGCCCCCUCAUCACGGGCCACAACGAGCUCAUGCUCUGCGAGUUCAAGUACGGCGGCGUGCCCCAGGAGACGUUUGCCGGCAUCCUCGGCGGCCAGGAGAAGCCCAGGAGGGCGUUUUAUCACCUCAAGAAGGAUUUCUUCCCCUUUGUGUACUGGCAGAGGUUCGUGAAAGGAACUUGGUACGGGCCCAAGGGCAUCAGCGCUCCCAAGUUCGAGUAA